AAGGCACCACUAGGUCGAGUUUUCCUCUUUGCGUUUCCUGAUGUAAUUCCGCAUUAGCCUGUGGUUUUCCUAUUGUUCUACCCUUAGUAUGUUGUGCGGUACGAAUCUCAUGAAAUCCUCAGUUGGUCGGGUCACUUUCUAUGGAGUAUAGAUCCUGCUACCAGACUGUCGCCGAGUGGGGCGAUAUUGACACUUUUGUGAAUUGUUAUUCUUAGUUGUUUGAGAAUGUUGGUUGUCAGACAGAGAUAUUCUACUUUUUGCGAAAACUGAGUUUUGUAAAAUAUUACAUGAUGAUUGUGCAGUAAUAAUAAAACAUCAUUAGAAUGAUGCAGAAUACAACUACAUGGCACAUAUGAUUCAGCCAAACAAACAAAUACUAGUUUCUUGAAAUUGUCUUUUACAUGAUACCGUACACCAAUCUGAGAACUCUUGGCUUCUUAUCUCUUCCUUCACAUACUUCUUCGGUAAACCUUAACUCAAAUUCUCAUGUUAACGGGCUUGACAUAUACACUCACCGAGAUGUGCUCAUGAAAUUACCACUACAAGGCCUGAAAGUCACCCCACCCAUGCAGAAGACACUUCGCGAUCGCCGUGUUGAAAUAUCGCAUAUUCCCUUGCAACCCGAUGUACACAUACUAUUACCACCAAGGUUGAUAAAACCGCACUGAUUUACAUACUGCAAUUUUUCUAAAAACCUAUAAAUUUUUAUAAAUCAUACU